AUGAAAAGUGUGUUCUUAUUAGUUCUUGCAUGCACAGCAUUUGCAACAUCAGAAACUGAAUAUAUUUAAUUGAUUCACAGAAUAGAUGCAACUCCAUUUGGAAGAACAUUGUUUGAUACCAUUUGGUUAUAGUUGGAGACCGGAGAUCCUUUGGAUAGAUUACUAAAUACUUUGUCUGAUUUGGAAGACAGAUAUUAGCAAGAGCAAAGAGAAGAUGAUGCAGAAAAUAGAGAAUUUUAGGACUCAUGCAAUGUUGAUAUAGCUGCAUAUGACAAAGAUAUAGCUAAUACAGAUUCUGAGAGAAUCUCUCUUGAAGCUAGAUUGGAAGGAGAUUUGUAUCCAAGAAGAGCAAUUAUUUCUGGAUUGGUUACAGCUAAAAAGGCAGAAGUUAAGGGAUAUCAAAAGGAAAUUGACGACUUAGAUGCUGAAAGAGCUGCUUAACACGCUGAUUUUGAGGAGAUUGCUGCUGAUCACAACACUGCCAUUGCCGUAUUGACUGAAGCCAGAAACAUCAUCAAGGCCAAUGUUGAAGCCACUUCCUCAUUAGUUCAAAAGAAACAAACUCAAUAAGCUAAAGAAAUGCCAAAAGAGCAUAUUUCCUUAUUAUAAAAGCACAUUAAGGAAUCCUAAAAGAAAUUGGCACACACUAAACACAUGCUUAGAUAUGUUCCCGUCCUGAAACUUUUGAGUCAAAUUACAAGCAAAGCCAAAUUUGAUGAUAGCACUAUUUAAAAAGUUGUAGAUCUAUUUGACAGAUUAAUCAAUGAAGUUAGCGAUUCUUUAAGUUUACAAAGAUUUGCAGAAGACAAAAGAGUUGAAGCAUACAAUAAAACAAGAAAGUUCUUGGUUAUUGCCUUGACUGUUGCAGGCAGCGAAUUAGCUAAUGCCGAAUCUGACUUUGCUAGUGUUUCAGAUAUUAUCAGACAAGUCGAAGCUUCAUUAGAAAAUACUAACUAAAGAUUAGAAUUACUUAAUGAAAGAAGAACUGAUAGAUGGACUCAAUGCGAAGAAGCAGCUAAAGACUAUGCCGAUGCAAGAUCAGCUAGAGAUGCUGAUAGAUAAGUUGUUUCAGAUACUAUUGGUUUGGUUAACAAAUCUCUUAGAACUCUUAGAGAAUAACUCGCUCUUAGACAAGCAGCAGGAGAUAAUAUUUGAUGAUUAUUCAUAUAAUAUCAAUAUAUCAUAAACUUAUAAUUAA